AGUCUGGGUAGUGUAGUUCCCUGCCCAGAGGCAGUACUUCCGCGUUCCGCCAUCGUCGCCUGGUGCGUGAUUUGCCUCUGCAACUUGACUCUCCUCUAGGAAGAGUACUCCAGAGAGCAGGGAUAUGGCACCAGGACUCCUGACAACCAGGGAGGAGGCAUUGAUGGCCUUCUGGGAUGUGGCUGUGGCCUUUACCCAGAAGGAGUGGAAGCUAUUGAGUUCUGCUCAGAGGACCCUGUACAGGGAGGUGAUGCUGGAGAACUACAGCCAUCUGGUCUCUGUGGGAAUUGCAUUUUCCAAACCAAAACUCAUCAAACAGCUGGAGCAAGGCGAUGAACCUUGGAGAGAGGAGAACGAACAUCUGGACCUUUGUCCAGAGCCUAGGACAGAAUUCCAGCCCAGUCUUCCCCACCUGGUGGCCUUUUCUAGCUCGCAGCUCCUCAGACAAUAUGCGCUAAGUGGUCAUCCCACACAGAUCUUCCCAAGCUCAUCUGCAGGAGGUGACUUCCAACUAGAAGCUCCAAGAUGCUCUAGUGAAAAAGGAGAAAGUGGAGAGACAGAAGGCCCCGACACCUCAUUAAGAAAGAGGCCAAGCAGAAUUUCUAGGACAUUCUUCAGCCCACAUCAAGGUGACCCAGUAGAAUGGGUAGAAGGGAACAGAGAAGGAGGAAUAGACCUUCGCCUGGCCCACAGGAUGAGUCCUGGGGGGUCAGACACAAUGUUGAAGGGAGUAGACACCUCAGAAUCUGGAGCAGUCAUACGUGGAAUCUAUAGACUGGGACUUAGCAAAAAGUCAAGCCUGUUCAGCCACCAGAAGCAUCAUGUGUGCCCUGAAUGCAGGAGAGGCUUUUGCCAGAGAUCAGACCUUAUCAAGCACCAGAGGACACACACCGGGGAGAAGCCAUACCUGUGUCCUGAGUGUGGGCGUCGGUUUAGCCAGAAGGCCUCCCUCUCCAUACACCAGAGGAAGCACUCGGGGGAGAAGCCGUAUGUGUGCAGGGAAUGUGGGCGACACUUCAGGUAUACAUCCUCCCUCACUAAUCACAAGAGGAUUCACUCCGGGGAGAGGCCCUUUGUGUGUCAGGAGUGUGGGCGAGGCUUUCGCCAGAAGAUAGCCCUCAUUCUACACCAGAGGACGCACUUGGAGGAGAAGCCCUUCAUGUGUCCCGAAUGUGGGAGAGGCUUUUGCCAGAAGGCAUCACUCCUCCAGCACCAGAGCUCACACACAGGGGAGAGGCCCUUCCUGUGCCUUGAGUGCGGGCGUGGCUUCAGGCAGCAGUCACUCCUCCUUAGUCACCAGGUCACACACUCAGGAGAGAAGCCUUAUGUCUGUGCUGAGUGUGGGCACAGCUUUCGCCAGAAGGUCACUCUCAUCAGGCACCAGAGGACACACACAGGGGAGAAGCCUUACCUGUGCCCCCAGUGUGGGCGGGGUUUUAGCCAGAAGGUCACCCUCAUUGGACACCAGAGGACACACACAGGGGAGAAGCCCUACCUGUGCCCUGAUUGUGGGCGUGGCUUUGGUCAAAAGGUCACCCUCAUCAGACACCAGAGGACACACACAGGGGAGAAGCCUUAUCUGUGCCCUGAGUGUGGGCGUUCCUUUGGCUUUAAGUCGCUCCUCACCCGACACCAGAGGACACACUCAGAGGAGGAGCUUUAUGUAGACAGGGUGUGUGGACAAGGAUUUGGCCAGAAGUCACACCUUAUCUCUGACCAAAGGACACACUCAGGAGAGAAGCCCUGCAUUUGCGAUGAAUGUGGGCGCGGCUUUGGCUUUAAGUCUGCCCUCAUCCGACAUCAGCGGACCCAUUCUGGGGAGAAGCCGUAUGUCUGCAGGGAGUGUGGGCGUGGCUUUAGCCAGAAGUCUCACUUGCAUAGACACAGGAGGACCAAGUCUGGUCAUCAGCUCCUACCCCAAGAGGUCUUCUGACCUUUCAUUUCCCCGUGAGUGUGAAGCUGGCAGAAAUCACUAGUAAAUGCUUCAGUUUCCUGAAAUG